AUGAUCCUGCAGCUCUGGGCCUCCUGUCUUUUCCCACUGUUCCUGGUCGGCUUAGCUCAGCUGACUCCGAAGCAGCAACAGAUGAAGGUGGAUUGCUAUAAGGGGGUGACAGGCACCAUCUAUGAGUAUGGAGCCCUCACCCUCAAUGGCUUGACAGCUCAGUAUCCAGAACUGAAUGCACUACAGGAGGAGCUGAAGCCUUUCGGUGUAGUUGUAUUGGGCUUUCCCUGCAACCAAUUUGGAAAACAAGAGCCAGCAAAGAACUCAGAGAUCCUUAUGGGGCUCAAGUAUGUACGUCCAGGUGGUGGCUUUGUUCCCAAUUUUCAGCUCUUUGAGAAAGGGGAUGUGAAUGGAGAAAAAGAACAGAAGGUCUUUACCUUCCUGAAGAACUCCUGCCCUCCAACCUCUGAUCUUUUGGGCUCAUCAAGUCAGCUCUUCUGGGAGCCCAUGAAGGUCCAUGACAUUCGCUGGAACUUUGAGAAGUUUCUAGUGGGGCCUGAUGGAGUCCCUGUCAUGCGUUGGUACCACCGGGCUUCAGUCAGCACAGUUAAAUCAGACAUGCUGGAGUACCUGAGGCAGUUCAAAAGCGAAUAG